AUGGCCACGAAUGAACCGCAGCAACAACUUUACCACCCGAGGACAAUGAUUCAAAAACAAAGAGACUCGGAAUACACCAUAAGGGUUGAUGUGCCCCCUACCACUUUUCUUGAUGCAGACUUCAUAGAAACCAGGGGGACGGGCCUUGGGAAACAACGGGAUAGUACUAACACCAAUCUAUCCGUAUCGACGGCAAUAUUGGGCACAGAAUCCCAUCCAGAUGGACCGAAAUCAUCCGUUUCCUCCUUCGGUUCAAGGUCGGGCAUAGCCCCGAGCUUCACCAGCACCGCCCCGUCUGAAGCGAGCAACAAUCAUGAUGGCGGCGACGAACCCCCAAGCUUGCAGUACAGAAUUAGGAAAGCCAGGAAACGAUGCCUAGAAUGGAUAAAUCGUUCAGAGGAGGAAACCUUCUUACCUGACGAUGAGAUCCAGAGCCUCAUUUGUGCCGCGACAAUUCGAGAGGAACUUGCCGAACAUGGCUACAUGGAGGAUAUUGUUUCGCACAUUGUCCCGGACCGGAGGAAGCUCUUUGCCAUUUUGACACUCAUUGGUAAGGCCUAUUUCAUUAUCAAACUAAUCGAGGAGGGUAUCGACGACCACCACCUCCCCUUUGCGGUGGGCCCUUGCAAAGGCUCCCAGCCAUACAUGUAUAUGGUAAGAGAGGACACUGGAGCGCACGAAACGAAUGGGAUACAAGCUUUCACACCACCCUUUGACAAGGGCUUUCGUUGGAAGUCGCACGACAGCGAGGCAUUUGUUAGAAACCAGUGGAAGCUGCUGGCGCCGCACUUCAACAUGUUGUGCGCUUCCCAUGACGACUCUGUAAACGCCGGAGGACCCCCCCAUUACGAAUUUAAGCCCCAAGAAAUACUACCUUUUACCGAGCCCAACGAGGAAUGGGAACCCGUCGAGCAGCCUGGAGGUUUUUCCGUGGUGAAAAAGGUGCACAUCCACCCGGCCCAUCGAAGCCACUGUCGAGUCGAUAGUUGUCGCGUUGCGUCUCUCAAGGCCAACUAUGCCGUGAAGUCCAUCCACCAGAACUGUAAUCCGUCCGACAUACAAAGGGAGAUCAGCAACCUGAAGCGUUUCGACGGGAAGGAACACCGUGACCGCCUCGUCCAACUCCUAUGCACGUUCAAAUACGCCAACCAGUACCAUCUAAUCUUCUCUUGGGCCGACGGCGGCAACCUGGCAGACCUUUGGCAGAACCACUUCCCGGAUAUCCACAACCAAGCGCGUAGCUACGACCUCGCCAGGUGGAUUGCCCGCGAGAGUCUGGGCAUUUCCCAGGGGCUGCAUCUCAUCCACCACCCCGGCCCGUCUUCCACAACCGACGAACGCACCGAAGGCCGACACGGCGACAUCAAACCAGAAAACAUUCUCUGGUUCCGCAACGACAACAACAGCGACAACAACAACCACCGAGGCACGCUCAAGAUCUCCGACUUCGGCCUGACCGACUACCACCGCAAGACGAGCGUAUCACGAGUCCGGGCGGACAGCAUCGGACAGACGCAGACGUACCGGCCGCCCGAGUGUGAGAUACCGGGGGGGUAUGUGUCGCCAUCGUACGAUACAUGGUCGCUAGGCUGUGUGCUGCUGCAGUUUGUCACGUGGUACGUCGAGGGCUGGGAGGGGGUCGACGAGUUCUCUAAGCGCCGCGCUGAGGCGUCCCCGCCGCGCAGGGUGAGGGAUGAGGACGUUGUGGGGGAUCUGUUUUAUGCGUUGGCGACGCCGCCGACGGAGAAUACGGCGGUUAAGAAGGCUCCGGAAGCAUGA